CGCUACGGGGCACGCGCUCGUACAAGUGUGACACUUCCCGUCGCGCGUCAAACAGUGCCGGCAUACUCGCUCGCACGAUGGCCGAGGGAGGCGGACCCGAGUCGGGCAGCGCGGCGGACUCCGACUCGGAGCCGGUCGCCGGUCAGAUACCGACACCUUCGAGUGAAAGUCAAAAGCAGACGAUCGGAUCGCUCCUUAAAACGACUCUGCGAAAGGGGGACGAAUGGUUUCUGAUAGACAGUCGGUGGUUUAAGCAGUGGAAAAAGUAUGUUGGAUUUGACAGUUGGGACAUGUACAAUGUUGGAGAGCAUAGCCUUUAUCCAGGACCUAUUGAUAAUUCGGGACUGUUCUCAGACCAUGAGACCCAAGUCCUGAAAGAACACCUUAUAGAUGAGCUUGACUAUGUCCUUGUACCCACUGAGGCGUGGAACGACCUUGUCAGCUGGUAUGGUUGUCUGGAAGGCCAGAGACCCAUUGUCAGGAAGGUGGUUGAACAUGGCAUGUUUGUCAAGCACUGCAAGGUAGAGGUCUAUUUGUUGGAGUUGAACUUGUGUGAGAAUGGCAACAUGGACAACGUGGUCACACGCCAUUUCAGCAAAGCUGACACCAUAGAUACCAUAGAGAAGGAGAUGAAGUCACUCUUUGAAAUCCCAUCAGAGAAGGAGACCCGGCUAUGGAACAAAUACAUGAGCAACACAUAUGAGCAGUUGAACAAGCCAGACAGCACUGUACAGGAUGCUGGUCUCUUCCAGGGACAGGUGUUAGUGAUUGAACGCAAGAACGAGGAUGGCACAUGGCCCAGACAAGCAUCCCAUGCCAAAUCCAGUACAACCCCAUCCAGGAAUUUCACUUCCUCCCCAAAACUCUCUUCCAAUUCUUCAGCAACCAUCUCCUCAACAGUAACCAAUGGAGACAGCAGCAGUAAUUCCAGCUACACUCUGAACAAUAGCGCCUCCUCUGGCAACAGAUUGGGCAGUUACAACUCCUACAGCUCUUCCUACAACUACAGGGAAUCGCAGGCCCAGCCUGGUCUAUGUGGUCUUAGUAAUCUUGGCAACACAUGCUUCAUGAACUCUGCCCUCCAGUGCCUGAGCAAUGCAUCACUCCUCACAGAAUACUUCCUGAAUGACCAGUAUGAGGCAGAGAUCAACCGGGAAAAUCCACUGGGCAUGAGGGGGGAGAUCGCAGAGUCCUAUGCAGACCUGGUCAAGCAGAUGUGGCUCAGCCGCAGCAGCUAUGUGGCCCCACGGACCUUCAAAACCCAGGUUGGCCGCUUUGCCCCUCAGUUUUCGGGCUACCAGCAGCAGGAUUCCCAGGAACUGCUGGCCUUCCUGCUGGAUGGGCUUCAUGAAGAUCUUAAUCGCGUCAAGAAGAAGCCUUAUCUGGCCCUGAGGGAUGCAGAGGGCCGUCCAGACGAGAUUGUAGCUAAAGAAGCCUGGACAAACCACCGCUUGCGAAAUGACUCCAUCAUAGUUGACAUAUUCCAUGGCCUCUUCAAAUCCACUUUGGUGUGUCCGGAGUGCUCCAAGGUCUCUGUAACCUUUGACCCCUUCUGCUACCUCACAUUGCCUUUGCCCAUGAAGAAGGACCGCACUAUGGAGGUUUUCUUGGUGAGAUCAGACCCUCAGUCCAGACCCACACAGUACCGAGUGGUGGUCCCUAAGCUGGGUACAAUGGCAGACCUGUGCAACGCCUUGUCGAGACUCUGUGGAAUCCCUCCAGAAAAUAUGGUGGUGGCUGAUGUUUACAAUCACCGGUUCCAUAAAAUUUACAGAUGGGAUGAUGGCCUCAACCAAAUCAUGGAGAAAGAUGACAUCUUUGUUUAUGAGGUGCAGGGUGAGGACUGUGAGAAGAUGAACCUACCCAUAUACUUCAGGGAGCGCCAUUCCAAACAUGGCGGCGGCACCACAGGCACCAUGCUGUUUGGUCAGCCCCUGCUCAUCACUGUGCCCAGACAGAACCUCAUGGCAGAUGUUCUCUAUGAAAAGAUCCUGGAGAGGAUAGGGCGCUAUGUGAAGCACUCCCCCGGCCCCUGUCUGGAAAGCAGGGCCUCAGCCACAGCCACUUUUGCCAGCUGUAGGCAGACUGCUGAAUGUUCGACGUCGUCUAGUCUCAAUGCCAACCUGAGCGGCUGUGGCAGCCCCCUGUCAGACAGGGCCUCCUGCAGCACCAGCUCCAGCAACUGCAGCAACCACUCAGGGACCUGCAACGGGCCAAACGGGCUGUGUGAUGGUGAGGAAGAGGCCAUGGACCACCAGGUGAGUCCCGAGCCAGAGAAUGGCCAGUCGGAAGAGGACGAUGAGGAAGAGGAGGAGACUUCUGACCUGGAAAAUAGGCCUAAAGGCAACCUAGCCAAGCCAUGCUCCGCCCCGCCCAAGCUCUUCACUUUUAGUAUGGUCAACUCGUACGGAACAGCCAACAUUAGUCCACUGCCUUGUGACGGAAAUGUCCUCAAACUGAAUCCACAUUCCACAGUGGCGAUUGACUGGGACUCCGAAACAAAGAAGCUGUGUUAUGAUGAUCAGGAAGCAGAGGCCUAUGAGAAGCAUGAGAGCAUGCUCCAGCCUCAGAAAAAGAAGGCCACUGUAGCGCUGAGGGACUGCAUUGAGCUCUUCACAACCAUGGAGAUACUUGGCGAAUAUGAUCCAUGGUAUUGUCCCACAUGUAAGAAACACCAACAGGCCACAAAAAAGUUUGACCUGUGGUCAUUGCCUCGCAUUCUGGUUGUCCACCUAAAGCGAUUUUCCUACAACCGGUGCUGGAGGGACAAGCUGGACACAGUGGUGGACUUUCCCAUCAGGGACCUGAAUAUGUCUGAGUUUGUGUGUGACCCCAAGGCCGGCCCCUACAUCUACGACCUCGUUGCCGUCUCGAACCACUACGGCGGAAUGGGAGGGGGCCACUACACUGCUUAUGGCAAAAACAAGGUGGAUGGAAAGUGGCAUUACUUUGACGACAGCAGCGUUUCGUCCGCCUCAGAAGAUCAGAUUGUGACAAAAGCGGCGUACGUGCUGUUUUACCAGCGCAGGGACGGGGACGCCCCCUCCAAACCUCAGCCCUCCGCCUCGCUGGGAGGAGCCCCAGAAGGAGCCGACGAUCACAUGGACACCAACUGAGUGGGCGCUGAAUGCUAAGGGACACACACUGAAACUCAUGUGGCAAAGAGAAGACGGACGCACACACAAAGCUACUUCAGUGACAGUAAACAUUUAAGUCUAACCCCCACAUUUCUGGUGUUUUAUUUGAUUUUCAUCUCGCAUCUCAUCAACCAGAGCCCAAAAAGCCUCGUCAGAAGAGCGACCCGAGGGAUGUUCUACCUGAAGCGAGGGGCUUGCUGAUUUUAUGAACCCAAUUGACUAGUCUGGACAGAAAAAGAAUAUAAGUGGCUCUAGGUCCUCGCACUGGAUGAAUAGAAUGUUAGAAGUGCCCUCAGAUGCAUAUGUUAACCACAGGAAGAGAUGAAAAGUAAAGAGAACGAAAAAAAAGUAAGCCAAAUGCACAUUCAGUUUUAACCAAAGCGUUCCAAGCUGUAGAAGAUGUGGAAAUGUCCAGCUGCUGUCACAUUAAGGAGAUACUACAAACAUCCCGAGUUUCAUGGCAAAUUUUAUAAUCCAGUGCCGAGGCAAGUGCAGAGCGAUGACGUGCACGCAGCAUGGAAAACGGGUGCGCUUGUUUUAUGGAUCCUACCACCCUUAAGCUACAUGUGAAGAGUAGAUCUGUUGAGAAAAGCCCACGACUCAUGGAGUUCCUUCUGCUGUAAGCUAGCUGUGGUGGCUGCACUCCUGGCCCAUAGGCUCAGUAGUACAACUGAAGCAAUGUGUGUGUGUGGGGGGGGGGGUCUAAUUUUUAGGUUCUGUGUGGGCCGUGUGAUAAAGUUUGGCAAAGGUAGUGUUGCAGCCUGGUUCUUGUUUGACCAUCGCCCCUGCUCUGAAGCACAGCAUGCAAGCUCUGUCGUCUCUGUCGGACCCUUAGCAGGAGUCAGAUCCUCCCAACAAAUUGUUUUUUUUUAUAUAUAUAUAUAUACACACACACAAUGCAAGAGCGGCCUUUUAAUUCCUGCAACUUGAGUUUAAAAGAAAAAAGGAGGCACUUUGACUUUUUUAAGAAUUCAUUAUCUCUCUCGAAAUAAUAAAGUAGGGUUUUGCUUCUAGCAUCGAGGGGCCCCUGAUCUGUCGUACAUCACCAGGUCUUUUAAGCGUAUUUCAAUUGCUGCCUGAGCGGACUCCUGAGCUCGCCGGGCUCGUCCUGUCAAGCGUUGUACAUUACCGCAGCUCUUCAUUGAAACGGCUGUCAUUUGAUAUCCUUGAAGCACACCGAGUGACGCUAAAUAAACACGUGUGAAAUUAGUGCUUGGAUUAAUUAUCCUCAAAGGAUGCUGUUUGUUGUGAGCUAAUCUACGGCUUCUGUUUGAGGGGUGGGGGGGGCAGCAGUGCUUCAACACUAUCUGCAGGGUUCGUAGGGCAGAUGCAGCCGUUUGUGUUAAAAAUGUUUCCCCUUAUCGGUUCAGUCAGUACUCAGCUGGUCGAUGAAAUAUGAUGCGGCGAGUUCUCAUGCAUUGGUGGAAUUAAAGCAGAAGGUCCUGGUGAGCUGUCGCUACCGACGUCCGUCACCUUUACCGACUGUAAAAGGUGUCAGUCACUCCAAACAGUUUGCCGUGUCAGCAUUCUGAUGUGAGGGUAACUGUUGAGUCUAAAAAAAACACGGUGAAGUUGCUUUCCCGAUAUCUAGGGUCUGAGCGACCAGGCGUAACAGCUACUCGAUGAAUCUUACUCCCAUGAGAUAGUCCUUGCUCAGUGGCAUUAGUUUUGUGCUUUUUCCAUGUGGCACGACAGCAUGUAAAUGUCUAUGGGACUGCAAGUGUCCUUUUUUUAGCUGGUUGGUCCUGCCAAUUUAUACCCUUCUGAGAUAAGUACAUGAAUAUAAUCAUUUAUGCCGAUGACUAGAAAAGCUUUACAUCACAUCUGUUAUCCACUAGAGUUUUAAAAGACUGUCCAAAAAAACAAAACCAGUGUUUAUUUUUCCCGAUUCAUGAGACACUGAUUCAACUUUGAUUUGCUGAAUAGAUGUAAAUAAUCAUUAUUUCACAUAGGUAUAUAAAUGUGUCUUAGUAUUUAUCACAUUGCCAAUAUCUACAAUUGUUUCUAAAUUGAAAAAAUAUUUGAAUUGAAAGUUACAAUAAAGACUGAAGGCCUAAAUGG